AUGGCAAAAAGGAAGUUACCGCAAGAAGUGUUCGGUGAAACUGACGAUAACGAUGAAGACUUUUAUUUUGGCCUCCCGAAUACUGAUUCUGAUAGAGAAAGUGAUAACUAUUGCAGUGACUCUGAUAGUGACAUAGUUCCCGUGGAGCGACCAGUAAGGGAGUUAACAAUGUCCAGCGACAGUGAAACAGAAGAAAAUGAUGAAAAUGAGAAUAAACAGCAGAGCUUAUCAACUCGAUCAACGUGGAAUAAGUGGAUCGAUGUGACGAAGGAGGAGUUAACAGCUUUUUUGGGUGUAGUCCUGAAUAUGGGUACUAUACCAGUUCCUAACAUGCAAUAUUAUUGGACUAAAGAUCAUAUUGGAAACAUACCAUUUUUUAGAGAUACGUUUCGGAGGGAAAGAUUUUUCCAAAUAUUUUGGAUGUUACAUCUAAAUGAAAACAUUUCCACAAAUAGAAACGUAUCAACGAGAAUCCAAAAAGUGAGCAACUUUCUGGAUUAUAUUGGUGACAAGUUCCGGGCGUAUUUUACACCGGAUAGAGAAAUAUCCAUCGAUGAGUCUGUGGUGAAAUUCAAGGGCAAAAUCAGCUUCAUUACAUAUAAUCCCAAAAAGCCCACCAAAUGGGGAAUCCGGAUUUAUGUACUGAUAUUAUCAGACUCCCAUACAGGAUACAUAUAUGCUAUGCUUCCCUACUAUGGAAGCGUUACUACAGAGAUUCUCAUCCGUCCAGACCUCCCUGUCAGUUCAAGAAUUGUUUUACAACUUUAUCACACGCUGUUGACCGCAAAUCCCGAGGCAAAGGGAUACCACAUCUUUACAGACAGAUUUUUUACAGGGAUCCCAUUAGCGCAGGAACUACUAAAGCUAAAUUGUUAUUUAACUGGCACAAUUAACACAAACAGGAAAUAUAUACCAGCUAUGAUCAAAAAACCAGCUUUAACAAAAAAUAAUAUUGUCGCUGCCUACCGAUCAGGCGCUAUUCUACUAUUAGCGUGGAGAGAUAAAAGAAUAGUCACCAUGCUAAGCAGUUACAACACAUCGGGUACGACAAUUACAGAAAGAAGGAAGAAACAAGCUGGGACCGUCAACAUUGUCAAACCAAAUGUUGUUAUAAAUUAUAAUACGAACAUGGGAGGUGUGGAUAAGGCUGACCAAUUAGCAUCUUCGUACUGUUUCAUGAGAAAAUCGUGCAAGUGGUGGCGAAAACUUUUUUUCUGGGGACUGGAGAUUUGUGCAAUCAAUAGUUAUAUUUUAUAUAAGGUGUCAGCUAGAAGGGAGAGCAGAAAACCUAUGCCACAUUUUAUGUUCGUCCGAAAAUUGGUGGCACAAUUGGUAGGCAAUUUUCGUGGCGGAGCAGAUUCAAAACCAGGAAGACCAUCAACCUCCGAUAAGGAUGAAAGACUGAAUGGAAAACUACAUAUACUGCGGCAUUGCGAAAAUGUGAAAA